AUGUUAAAAGCUCUAAAAAUUGUGACUUUUAUGCUGAUCAUUACAGUAUUAGGUUUGCUCUACAAAACCUCCAUCCAACAAAACAGUGUUUCCAUAUAUGUUAUCAUAUCAGAACUUUUAAAUUUUAAGGCCAGAAAUCAAAACCACAAUGUAAAUUGGGGAGCUGACAAUCUAGUUACUACCCAGAGGACUGUGAUACUGAAUCCAGGAGAAAUUCUAAGAAAGGGAAAUGGAAUCAUAUUUCUAGAAACUACAAACAACAUCCGGCCAUCUUCUUUAGUCUUGUGUGCUAUUGAGUCAGCGGCCCAUGUGUACCAUGACAGGCCAAUAGUGUUCUUCAUGAAAGGUUUAACCAACAUAACUACAAUGGAAGAGGAGAGCCAAAUACAGAACAAUUUCCCAUCACUUGCAUCCUAUAACAAUGUCUACAUCCUACCCCUAAGACUUGAAGAAAUAUUUGAGGAUACCCCUCUUCUUGCUUGGUACAAAAAGAUAAAUGUUACAAUGGAACAUCACUGGAUCCACGUCAGCUCUGAUGCCUGCAGACUGGCCUUGAUUUGGAAACAUGGGGGAAUUUAUAUGGACACUGAUUUCAUAUCGUUUCAACCAAUUCCGGAGGUGGAUUUUGUGGCAGCUCAGUCCUCCAAAGAAUCUAGCAAUGGUGUUUUUGGAUUUCGACCCCGGCACAGUUUUCCCUGGAACAGCAUGGAAAACUUUGUGAAGAAUUAUAAAGGAGCAGUGUGGGGACACCAAGGACCACAGCUAUUUACAAGGGUUCUUAAGCAGCAGUGUGAGUUACCUACUUUUAAGGCACUGGAAGAUCUCAUUUGUGGAAACAUCUCAUUUUUGAACCCACAGCAUUUUUAUCCCAUAUCAUACCCAUAUUGGAAGCAAUAUUACCAAGUCUGGGAAAAGUUUCCAACUUUCAACAACUCCUACUCUUUGCAUUUAUGGAAUUACAUGAAUAAAGGAAGGAAGACUGUUGUACAUGGAUCUAAUACAUUAGCAAGUCAUCUUUAUCAACAGCACUGUCCCUAUACCUAUGAAGAACUCAAGGAAAGUCACACAAACAAAUCUACAACACUAAGUAACUGA